ACUCUUACCUUUUGCUCAGUUACAGCAACCCAAAAACAUUUCAUCACAAAAAUAGAAACCCACCCGUAAUUUCUAUUUUUGUAUCACCUCUCAUGGUCUCUCUCUAUUUACGCUUAAAAAGUAUGGACUAGGGUAUUAUUCUACUUUCUUGAGUUUGUGUGUCCGGUGAGAAAAUUUUGCAGGAGAAAGAAAGAGAGAAAAAUGGGGAGAGGUAGGGUUCAACUGCGGCGGAUCGAGAACAAGAUUAGCAGGCAAGUAACGUUUUCGAAGCGGCGUACUGGGUUGCUGAAGAAAGCUCAUGAGAUCUCGGUUCUUUGCGAUGCCGAGGUCGCUUUGAUUGUCUUCUCCAACAAAGGGAAGCUCUUUGAGUACUCUACUGACUCCAGCAUGGAGAGGAUCUUGGAACGAUAUGAACGAAAUGCAUAUGCAGAAAGGCAACUUCUCCCUAAUGAUUCUGAAUCACAGACAAACUGGUCCUUGGAAUUUCCCAAGUUGAAGUCAAGGAUUGAAGCUUUACAAAAGAACGUAAAGCACUUUGUAGGAGAAGAGCUUGCUCCCUUGAGUCUCAGAGAGCUCCAACAUUUGGAGCAGCAGAUUGACACUGCUCUUAAGCGCAUUCGAUCCAGAAAGAAUCAGCUUAUGCAUGAAUCCAUCUCAGAGCUGCAGAAAAAGGAGAAGUUGCUGCGGGAACAGAAUGAUACCUUAUCAAAGAAGCUCAAGGAAAAUGAUAAGACGGUGGCUGAGAAACCACCACAACCUCAGCUGCAACACGUUGGCCAAAGCUCAUCGUCGCAGUUCAUUCAACCACCACCGCUACCGCUACCACUACCACUACCACCACGAACGGCAACAUUGUCAUUUCCUUCACUAACCAUUGGGGGGAGAUUCCAAGUAAGUGAAGGGGCAGAAGGUACGUCCAGGCCGAGUAACUCGCUGAUGCCUGCAUGGAUGCUACGCCAUUUGAAUGGCUAGAGAGGGAAUUUCGAAGAACAUCCAGGCUUCAUAAAUAUUAUGAUUUGUGAAGAUUUCAAAUUCUCCAGCAAAAUAUUGCUUUAUCCAUAUAUAGUUUAUGUAAUGAAGAAACUGUAUUAAUGUGAAAUAUUCCAACUCUUAAAUAUCUCUUCUGCUCUUCAUCAAAAAAAAAAAUCUUCUCGUCGGAAUUGGAUGGGUAGAAAAGAACGCAGCUAAAAUGCAUUUAGCCCCUCGUCAUAAUAAAUUUGAAGUUUUAGU